AUGUUGCAUAUCAACAAUUUCGAUCAAAAAACUGGUGAUUUUAAACCUUAUAAUGAUUUAAAUCAAUUUGAUGAUGACGAUCAACAUAGUGGCAAUAGUAAUCGAAGCAGUAUCGAUAUAGGUCCAAUGGAUACGUUCCUUCAUAAAAUUUACGCAUUCGUUCGUAAAUUUAUGGGAGAUGUUCCUUGGCUACGUGAUAAUUUCAUAUUGAAUUUUAAAAGAACAACAUCAAUUUCGAUGUAUUUUGAUAUUAGUUGCUAUGAAGUAUUAUCUGAUGCUGUUGAAAUUCGAAGGAAUCAACCAUCUUUAUUCUAUCCUUAA